CACAUUCGGCCACGGGCAGGCUCUCUCCCUAACGCCAGGCCCACUUCUAACGCUCUGCGUCUUCCCACCCUUCUCUUCUCCAUCACGAGCGCCGGCGGCGGCUGGUAGAGAGGCGAGCCGAGGGGUGCUGCUACGAGCGGAAGAGGCGAGGAGAUCGAGCGAGCGAUGGGGCGGAGGAUCCUCAACGACGCGCUGCGCACGAUGGUGAACGCGGAGCGGCGGGGGAAGGCGACGGCGCAACUCCAGCCCAUCUCCGGCGUCAUGAUCUCCUUCCUCAACAUCAUGAAGCACCGAGGUUACAUAAAAAAUUUCGAGGUCUUUGAUCCACAUAGGGUUGGAAAAAUCACCGUGGAACUUCAGGGAAGGAUUAAAGAUUGCAAAGCUCUCACUUACAGGCAGGACCUCAGAGCUACGGAAAUAGAAAAAUACAGAACUAGGAUGCUUCCAACACGGCAGUGGGGCUAUGUUGUGGUGACCACCCCAAAUGGCGUUUUAGAUCACGAGGAAGCAAUUAGGCAGAAUGUAGGUGGCCAGGUCCUCGGUUACUUCCAUUGAGAAGGAAAACACAGUUAUCCCAUGCUGAGUCAGCUCUGGGUUGCAUUGUUAUCUUUCUGUUAUGAUGACUGAAGUCAUUUUAUUUGGACAUUUAGAGCUUGCUGCUUUUGUUCAUGGCCAGCAAAAAAUGCGAUUACAUCUCAGAAGUAUGUCUCACAACACUGACAUAAAUAUUGUAAUCCUUCUUUGGGACAGGUAUUUCUGUAGGUGUAAUACACCCAUGUACUUCGAGAUACACGAUUAAAGCUCUAGUUUGAGCAUCUACGAUCUUGCUGAGAACCUUGUCGCAGCCACUUUUC